UCUGUCACUGCACCUACGUGCCGAUGACGUGAACUGCUCGAAUUGUGUGUGUGUGUGUGUGUGUAACUAUUGGCACUUGGCUCUCGGGUAUACGCUGCCACAGUCGAUUUCGAACUUUCGUAGUGCGUGCCCGCAAAAGGACAUGGCACUGGUCUGGGUGUUUAUGGUGUCCCUGACCCUUGGAAGGGUUGCAGUGUCAAGACCUGACUUUUUGGGAGGAUCUUCACACCAUCAUGGACACCACCAUCACCACAAACCAAAUAGUGCACAUGGCUUGUCUUCUAGACAUACUUUUCCACCACCUUUGCCUUCUGUACAUGCUUCUACUAAAUUAGAUAUGCCUCAUGCUGAAUCUUCAGAAGAAGUUUCUGGGUAUGCUUACCCUGUGCCACACCUUUCAUUUGAUGCGUCAGCUUCUAGUAGCCUUGAAGUCCCAAAAGAAAGAGGACAGCAAUCCUCUGAGUCAUCAGAGGAAUUCUCAGGAUAUGCAUAUCCUGUUCCUUCAAUUUCAUUUGAUCCUUCUGCUGGAGCUGACCUUGCACCACCUGAAGAAGCCGAUUCCUCUGAAGAAUCUGAUGCUCUGGGCUAUGCAUACCCUGUUCCUGCAAAUUUCAUUGAUCCUUCUGCUGGAGCUGAUCUUGCACCCCCAAAAGAAACUGAUUCCUCUGAAGAAUCUGACGAACUUCUGGGCUACGCAUAUCCUGUUCCUUCAAUUUCAUUUUUUGAUCCUCUCGCUGAGCUGAUCUUGGCACCCCCUAAAGAAACUGAUUCCUCUGAAGAAUCUGGCGAACUUCUGGGCUAUGCAUAUCCUGUUCCUUCAAUUUCAUUUGAUCCUUCUGCUGGAGCUGAUCUUGCACCCCCUAAAGAAACUGAUUCCUCUGAAGAAUCUGACGAACUUCUAGGCUACGCAUAUCCUGUUCCUUCAAUUUCAUUUGAUCCUUCUGCUGGAGCUGAUCUUGCACCCCCUAAAGAAACUGAUUCCUCUGAAGAAUCUGACGAACUUCUGGGCUACGCAUAUCCUGUUCCUUCAAUUUCAUUUGAUCCUUCUGCUGGAGCUGAUCUUGCUAAACAGAAACUGAUUUUCUUGACCCAAAAAAGAAUCUGGAAAGAACUUCUUUUGGGCUACGCAUAUCCUGUUCCUUCAAUUUCAUUUGAUCCUUCUGCUGGAGCUGAUCUUGCACCCCCUAAAGAAACUGAUUCGUCUGAAGAAUCUGACGAACUUCUGGGCUACGCAUAUCCUGUUCCUUCAAUUUCAUUUGAUCCUUCUGCAGGAGCUGACCUUGCACCCCCUGAAGAGCCCGAUUCAUCUGAAGAAUCUGAUGAGCAACCUGGUUAUUAUCUUCCUGUGCCAGAUUCCUCAGGGAGAACCAAUUCAAAUCCAAGUGUUGCUGUGAAUCUCCCAACUGGAUAUACUUAUCCUGUCCCUGCUAAUCCAUUCACAAUUGAAAUCAGUGGUGGUCAUUCCACUACAAGCAUCAAAGAAGAUACCCCAACUAAUGGUUACUUGCCUCCACAACAGACUAGAAAAUUACGACCUUCAUCAAAUUUGGGCAAAGCAUCUCAGGAAGUUACCGCACAAAGAACAUUGCGCCCACAAGGGGCCAGAAGGAUAAUUCACGCACCAUCGUCAGAAUCCAGCCUUUUCCCAAGAUUGCACUCCUCUGUAUCUUCAAGACAAGGGUCAGUAUUCUUUGCACCAGUGGUAACAGAAACCCAACCUGCUCAAGUAUCUACAAGUCAAGCAACACCAUCAAGCAGGGUACCAAGUCGCCAGAAGGAAGAAGAUGAAACUUCACAUCAAGUCACAGUGAGCAUAACGCCUACUAAAUCAAACUUCAAUCCACUCGCUCACUUCCAGAUCGCAACUCACAGUUUCCAGCCCAAUUCAGCAGCAAAACAGCUUUCUAAAAAAUUCAACUCAAGAGCUGAAGCACACACUAAAGUUAGACAACUUGAACGAGAGGAAGAGAAAGGAAGUGAGGAAGAGGAAGAAGAAAAUAGAAGACAGUUUGUUGCACCGCCUGUCAUCAGUAGUAACUACGGUGCUCCUGUCAGAGGAGAAAUUACAAAAGAGAGACAUGAUUCUAGGGUGUCACUGUUUGCUCAAGGCCAUGAAUCAAGGAGUCUGGUUAGAAUAGAAGAAGAAGAAGAAGAAGAAGAAGAAGAAGAAGAAGAAGAAGAAGAAGAAAAAGAAGAAAGUGAUGAGAAUGAUGACUACGAAAUUCGACAUCCCCUCUUUCUUGUCUUAGGAAAUCGAAAAGUUAAAUCCCCUUCACGAGAGUAUGGACAACCAGCUCAGCCUACUGGUGAUCAAGGAAGUUUCGAGAGCAACAGAGCACUCUUUUUACCAUUCAUUAAUGGUAAGGAAAAUGAUGACAUCUCCAUAGACAACCUUCGCCUUCCUCUAUCUGUGGUGCCAGGCUUAGGCAAAAUUGAUGACCUCAGGCUUAUCAGAAUGAAUGACCAGCUCACUGGGUACGUGGCCAAUUUGGAUCGCCCAAAGACAACAGAGUUCAUUCAGCUUCUUACUCAGCACAUAGAGGAAGGUGAUGACAGUAGUAGUAGUAGUGAGGAAGAUGAUGAUGAUGAUGAUGAAGAUGAGGGAAUCAGAAAACACUUUGAGACAUUCGGUAGCAUUCAUGCAACCUCAUCCAGACACCAGUCCAGUGCUGCAACAAAUCUUUUCGAUAUGUCUUCUAGGUCUUCCACUAUAAACCAGGCUACACAGGUCAACAGCCAGUACAACCUUCCACCUCGGCCAGUCUCGAGGACUGCUCCAUCAAGUCCUCAGGCAACAGAACAAGAAGAAUCAGCGCAAGUUCCAGUAGCGGCUAGGCGUAGAGUACCUUUCUCUAGGGCGUUCCGAAACUCUCAGUUUGGAAGGACAGCUAUUUAUGGUAAUUAACAGACUAAGACAGACAUCAGCAUCUGUUUAGCAGCCUACUGAAAAAGGAUCUCUGAGUCAUGGUACUGGAAUACCAGACUUAUUCUUUCAGGUUUCCCUACCAUCAAAGUUCAUCAUGGCAGACUCAAAGAAUAAUAGUACCAUGUUUUUGGUAGAGUAAGAUGCCUUUGUGCAUUUAUGAUGGCUAAGAAAAUCACUUUUCACUAUGUAUGAAAUUGCUCCAUACCUAUUCUUCAAUGGAAAACAAAACUAAAACCUCCUACAGAGCAUUCCUUAACAUAUGCAUACACCAUAAUAGUUGCUUUUACAAAAUAUUUUUAAAACCAGCACGUUUUGAGCUAUGAAAUAUGAACUGAAUCCUAAAAUCAUCAAAAUAAAUCUUCCAGAAUCUGUGCAUCACAAUAACACUUUUAAACGAGAACAAAAUACCUGGUGAAACUUAGAAAUCAGAAAUGAAUAUUCAAGAAGUAAAACUUGCCUUAUGAAUUGUGUGCGUAUGACAAUCAUGGCAUCUACUUUCCACAACUGCUUAGAUACAUUUUCCACAAGCAACAGAGGUGUUUCUACUGAUAAUUAACACUAACUACCAAGAUUCAAUGCUUUUGCUGGAACAUGAAACUUUUCACUUGCAAACCAUACAAUCUGUCCGAAUGGCUACAUUUGUGAAGAUGAUUUGAUCUAAUUUUUAAAGGUGAUUUUAUAUAAGUUAUUUAUGACUAUUUAUUACUUUAUGCAAUAAUAAAAGGUACCACUUAUAAAAAAU